UCAUCGGUGUCUUCGAUUAGAGGCCCCGGCGCCCUGUAAUGCCGGCGGUGGCGAUCUUAGUUCGACCAGAUCGCUUGCGGCGUUCACAAGUUUACCGCGCGUCUACAAAUUCAAAUCAAUCAGCUCGAUCUUGCAGCAACCAUGGUCCAGAAUCAAUCAAGAAUGAUUAAUCUGCCGGAACUGGAGGCGGUGAAUCGCAUCAGUAAUCUUCCGAUUGUGGAAACUGGAUGGAACUAUGCGGAAUACAUGUAUCAACGUAUCAAGCAUUCAAAUAAUUUGCUGCAAUGGACAUUAGACCAAGCCGAAUCAUCGCUGUACAACGUCAUUGACACUGCCUCACCAGCAGUGUUUUUACUCGAAGGCCCACUCUCAACUAUCGACCGUUUGUUGUGCAAAAGUUUGGAUAUUGUCGAGCAAAAAGUGCCCUCGAUCCACCUGCCACCGCAAAUGAUCUACACCAACACCAAGCAGUACGUGAGUGACGUGGGCAGCAAAAUCGUUCGGCCGGUGUUGAAGCGCGCUGAUUCAGUCAAGCAGAUCGGCAACCAGGUGCUGGAAAGCAAAUUCACUGCAUUUGCCGCUGAUAAACUUGAUGGUGCUCUAUCCGUGGCCGACAUGUACGUGGAUAAAUAUCUUCCGGCUGAUGUGUUUGACAAGGGUAACGAAGGUGUUGAUGUUGUUGAUGCACCUCCAAGCGGUAGUGGUAAUGCUGGUAAGGCCCUACAUACCGGUCAGCACAUGUUUCGCUUCUCGAAGAAGUUACGUCGUCGUCUUACCCAACGCACUCUAUUGGAAGCUAAGGCUUUGAAGGAGCAAAGUGCUGAAGCCAUCCACGUCUUGGUUUAUGUUGCUGAAUUGAUUGCUACUGAUCCAAAACUGGCCCUUCAAAAGGGUCGGGAAUUAUGGGCGACGCUUAGCAAGGACGAACCGGAAAACCAAGCCCGUCCAGAGAACCUUGAACAACUCAUUGUUCUCCUCACCAGGGAAACAGCCCGUCGUGUUGUACACCUCAUC